ACCGAUAACAUGUCGUCUGGGUGAAGAAGGAGCGAGCAGCUAGCGAGGAGACAAACUGAGGCGUCCUACUCACGAAGUUAAAAAGGCAGACAUGUCGCCUCGGCUCCUCCGUCAGACCACACAGCCAAUGAAUUACUGUCUCCGUUAAAGUGGACAUUUAGCCGGAAUUACGCUUCUGACAAAGUAAUGACUGAUUCCCGUCACGGAAGUAGGACAACAAAAAGUAGCUAGCUCGACUGCUAGCUGUCGUUAGCAAAGGAGUUCUUUGUUUUGUUUCCCCGUGUCAACAUGGAGAGGAACUAGUGCGGAUGUUGUGCUCUGUCGGUCAACGUUUACGCAGCGGGUUCACAGCCAUGUAUCUGGUGUCUUCUGAUAUUACCUUCAUGGUUUCUGGAGUAGUACGAGGACAAAUCUAACAUUAGCCAACGAGAGCAACUUUAGCAACGGCAAGAUCAGGUUGCUUUAGUUUAUAGUUUUGUUGUCUUUUUUUGUUGACGUCGGCCAGGAGGACGGGAGCGGAGACACGAAGACAUGGGCAACUGUCUCAAGUCUCCCACAUCGGACGACAUUUCUCUCCUUCAUGAGUCCCAGUCGGACAGAGCGAGCUUCGGGGACGGGAUGGACCCGGACCUCGAACCACCUCCGCCGUACCAGGAGCAGGCUCACAUUCCCAUAUACCACCCCACACCCAGCCAGGCCCGUCUGGCCACACAGCUGACAGAGGAGGAGCAGAUUCGCAUAGCUCAGCGCAUUGGCCUCAUCCAGCACCUCCCGAAGGGCGUUUAUGACAAAGGAAAAGACGGCUCCGAGAAGAAGAUCAGAGAGUGUGUGAUCUGCAUGCUGGACUUUGUAUACGGCGACCCCAUCCGGUUCCUGCCCUGUAUGCACAUCUACCACACGGACUGUAUAGACGACUGGCUGAUGAGGUCCUUCACCUGCCCCUCCUGCAUGGAGCCUGUGGAUGCUGCCCUGCUCUCCACCUACGAAACCAACUGAAUCUUCACCCCCCCCUCCCCCACGCUUACAUCACACACGGCCCCUCCGACCCUGCACACAAACCCUACAACUGCCCUCUUUAUAGAGCCUGAGGAAUUGGGGGGGGGGGGGGGAAAUAGGUUGGCUGUUGUAUUGCACUUUGAAAAUUACCAAUUUUACUCACCCAACGUUGGCCUUCCAUGUCCCCCAAGUCAGAAUAAGCUGGUCUUAAAAACAUCAGUUACACAAGUCAGUGAGAGACUGUUUCAAGUCGACCCUGCAUGUUUGUGUUUGUGUGUGGUUAUUGUGUGUCGAAGCCGCAGCCUGCGUUGACGGUGAGCACAUGGGAUUUUCUUUUUGACCUGCGUGAUUGGGGAGGGGGUUUAUGACUUUGCAUUUCCACUUGAGCCGGCCUCAGUGGUGUUUCUCCUCAGCUGACACCAUUUCACCGUCAUUCCCGGUUAAUCGUAAUGUAAAUGGACGAGUAGUUAACUUAAUUAUUGACCCAAAUGUUAAAGGUUGUCGCUAGAAGUCUGUUAGAUUCAAGUCGAUGUUUCCGUGGCAACAGUAAGCAAAGACUUCCACAUAUUGAUCUCCUACAGACCCACACUUUGGAAAUGUGUCAACACACAACAGACGAAAAAAGGAGGAUUGCAAAAAAAAGGAAUGCACGCACUUUACAGAAAUCACCCAAAGUCUAUAAGUACACAUUCAUUCACAAUGGAGGUCAAGUUCACAUAUUUGUCUUUGGCUUCUUCAUAUAAUCAGACUUUAGAAAAAAGCUUUGAGCUGAAGGAAUGAGAUGAUGAUGAUGUGCAAUGUGAAUGUGUCACCAGAGGGGGUGUAAACUAAAUGGCAGCCAGUGUAAAGGGCUCAUUCGUGCAGGGGCAGGCUGGAUCGGUGAGUCCACAUUAGAAAAAUGCUUGCACACACACGUUUCAUCUUAUCCAGAGAUUUGCACUUUACGUAUAGGACAGUAUCUAAAACAAUAUAUUAAUAUAUGUACCUUACAACCUUGCACUAUCAAUACUUCAUUCCUCCGUUUCCUGAGAUGCAAAAGUUAUAUAGCUGAUAAAACAGGUUGUCAGAGCUGUCAGUAGUCACUCACCACGUUGAGGUUAGCCCGACGAUGUAUAUCAUGAAGUCUGUGAUUCAGUAGCGUGAGCCUCUGCUUAAGUCUGGAUUCUUGUGUGUUUUUGUGUGUUAGUAAAGGGACAGAUUUGCUCGAUGUUAAGGGAAAAGUUUGACAUUUCAUAAGAUCGGCUCCUUGAGUUUCUCACCAAGAGCCGGAUCAGAUUGACGCCGCUCUCGUGUCUGUGCGGCCAGUAUGGUAUUAGACAGUUAGCAAAUUUUACUAUAAAGACUGGGAACAGAAGCUAGAGCAAAAACUAGCGAGAGGUAAAUAUGAAAAUAUGCCAACCAACAAACAUGACAACUGUUUAUUCAUCUUAAUACAGAAAGUAAUGUUGACAAAAUUUUACGUUUUUUGGUUUUACAUGGAGUUGUGUGACGUACACACAAACAAAACUUGUAAUAGGACAAAUUCAAAUUUUUACAUUUAAUUUACACAUUCAACAAAUGAUGUAUAGCAUAUUAAUAACUGAGUUGUUGUGGUGCUGUUAGGAUACUUCAUUUUGAUAUUGACUUUUGGACAAAAGGUUGAAGCUGCUUUCCCUCGGCUUCAAGAUUUUGAGCUAAACUGGGCUCAUUUUCUUGUAGCUCCAUAUUUAUUGUUUAAAAGAAGAGCAAAUAUGUGUAUUUCCAAAAAUGGCAAACUAUUUCUUUAAGAAAAAGUUCAGAAUGUUAGAGUUUGAAUUCACAUCCCGUUGUCACAUUUUUCUUGUCACUCUACGACUAUGUUUGUGUUGCUUUGUUUCAAUUCACUGUAGCAUAAUAGCUACGAAAGUCAAACGGUUCUUUUGUGUAUGUGGUAGUGUGGCUUUUCUUUUAUCUCUUUUACCUGUGUUUUAUCUUUUACCUUCAUAUCUUCCACACACGUGUAAAAUCCAUUGUGUAUUAGGACAGUAAGUAUAUGACUAUAUUACACUGGUGGACGCCUGGCUGUGCAAACCUCUGUCUCAUCUGAAUUUCAGUAUCUGAGCGACUUCUCUUUAUGGUGUGAUAGUCUGAACUGAGAUAUCAAGUUUUCCAUUGAGCCUUCCCUUUGCUGUGUUUUUCAGCUUAAGUUUAUUCUGAAAAUGAAUACUUCCUGUAAUCUUUCUUUUUUUUGUUCUUCUCCGAAGGCUGUAAAGCCCUCAUGUAAAAAAAUACAAAUAAACACAAAGAGAAAUUG